CAAUAUACUUUUAUUUUCACAAAUGUCCGCUCAUGCUAAUGCCUUGAAAAUGUAAACGCACUGAGUCCGCACCUAGAAAAAAACAGGGAGUGGUGAUGCUAACAGGCUAGCCGAGUUAAAAAGCCACUGACGACAGAGCUGAACCAAUAUUUAAAGCUUUACUCUUAACAUUAGUGAAAACAACUCCGUGGAUGGACUAAUACGUGGUCGGGGACGUUGUCUUUAAACAUGAUCAAUUACGUCAUGAUGGAGGACAACGUGGCAUCUUCAUAAUAAACGUUUCCCUGAGCAACUGUAAAGAUGUCCACAAUGUUGUAUGCCCGGGAAGAGAAGCUCGAAAAGCUCUCUCAAGAGGAGAUCAUAUCCAACACCAAACUGGUGAUUCAGGGUUUGGAAGCCCUCAAGAAUGAGCACAACUCCAUUCUCCACAGUCUCGUGGAGACUAUCAAGUGCCUGAAAAAGGACGAAGAGGCCAACCUGGUGCAUGAGAAGUCCAACCUGCUGCGCAAGUCAGUGGAGAUGAUUGAGCUGGGACUUGGUGAAGCACAGGUGAUGAUGGCUCUGUCCAACCACCUGAAUGCGGUGGAGUCAGAGAAGCAGAAGCUGCGCGCACAGGUGAGGAGGCUUUGCCAGGAGAACCAGUGGCUGCGGGAUGAGCUAGCCAACACCCAACAGAAGCUGCAAAAGAGCGAGCAGAGCGUAGCUCAGCUCGAGGAAGAAAAGAAACAUCUGGAGUUCAUGAACCAGCUCAAGAAAUAUGAUGAAGACGUCUCCCCCACCCAGGAGGAAAAGGACAGAGAAACACCAAAGGACUCGCUGGAUGAUCUCUUCCCUAAUGAUGAAGAGGAGCAUGGCCAAGGAAUGCAACAUCAACACAACAGUGCAGCAGUGGCUGCGGCCCAGCAAGGCGGCUAUGAGAUCCCAGCUCGUUUGAGAACACUACACAACCUGGUGAUCCAAUACGCUUCUCAGGGCAGGUACGAGGUCGCUGUGCCCCUCUGCAAGCAAGCGUUGGAGGACCUGGAGAAAACCUCUGGACACGACCACCCCGAUGUGGCUACUAUGCUCAACAUCUUGGCUUUAGUUUAUAGGGAUCAAAAUAAAUACAAAGAGGCUGCACAUCUUCUCAACGAUGCUCUGUCUAUCCGGGAGAAGACCCUGGGGAAAGACCAUCCUGCUGUUGCUGCAACAUUGAACAACCUAGCUGUACUCUAUGGAAAGAGGGGGAAGUACAAGGAGGCCGAGCCUCUGUGCAAGAGGGCUCUGGAGAUCAGAGAGAAAGUCUUGGGGAAGGACCAUCCCGACGUGGCCAAACAGCUGAACAACUUGGCUCUGCUGUGUCAGAAUCAAGGCAAGUACGAAGAGGUGGAAUACUACUACUGCCGUGCCCUGGAGAUCUACGAGUGUAGGCUGGGCCCGGAUGAUCCCAACGUGGCCAAAACCAAGAAUAAUCUGGCGUCCUGCUUCCUCAAACAGGGAAAAUACAAGGAAGCUGAGAUUCUCUACAAAGAGAUUCUGACUCGAGCCCAUGAGAAGGAGUUUGGAUCGGUUGAUGCUGAAAACAAACCUAUCUGGAUGCACGCCGAGGAAAGAGAGGAGAUGAGCAAGGGCAAGCACAGGGACAACACGCCCUAUGGAGAGUAUGGAGGCUGGUACAAGGCCUGCAAAGUCAACAGCCCCACCGUGAACACGACGCUGAGGAACCUGGGGGCUCUGUACCGCCGUCAGGGCAAGCUUGAAGCUGCCGAUACCUUGGAGGAGUGCGCCGUUAGAUCCCGCAAGCAGGGUAUUGACCCCAUCCAUCAGACACGCAUGGUGGAGAUCCUGAAGGACGCAGAUGGUGACAGGCGAAGGAGCCGGGAGAGCCUGGCCAGUGUCAAGUACGAGAGCGGCUCCGAAGCUGGCGAGGAAGUGAGUAUGGGCGUGGAGUGGAACGGGGACGGCAGCGGAACCCUCCAACGCAGCGGCUCUCUAGGCAAACUCCGAGACGUCCUGCGACGUAGCAGUGAGCUGCUAGUUAAGAAACUGCAGGGCAAUGGACCGCCUGAACCUCGUAGCACCAACAUGAAGCGAGCGGCUUCAUUGAACUACCUGAACAAGACAAGUGAUGAGGUGUUACAGUCUCAGCCUCGAGGAAGCAAUAAUUUGCGGGUGAGCCGAGGCCUGAGCUCCAGCACCAUGAAUCUGUACUCCGGAAACUGAUCUCAACUUCCAAGCCGAUCUUCCAGACCCAAAGAUGUUUCUUCCUGAUACUCGCAUCCAAAGACCCUUUCACUUGUUUGAGUGCACUGGGAUUCUUUUGUAAUUGUGCCUGCCUUCCUUUGUCAUAGUACAACGUUGCCACCAUUUUGAUUCCUUAUCAUCAUUGUGCACUAUGAGUGUUUUUUAGCGCCAUGACACCAAGCUCCUUUCCUCACAUAUUCUGUGCCAGUCUUUUUUUUUUUAACCAUGCUGAGUGUUUUUUUUCUGCACAGAUGCUGUACUAAUUAUGUAUUUGAUUUUAGUCUUGAUGAAGAAAUAUGCUGUGUAGCGUUUUUUUUUAAAUUAUGUCUUGUAAAUUUGACAUGAUUGUUAAAACUACACUUGUCUAUAAUAUUUGCCUGUUGAGAUGCGCUAUUGGGUUAAAGCUUUGGGACACGGAGAGAAUGAAUACCUCGCUGUCGUCACGUGACUCACGAACCAAUGUACAUUUGGAAGUCAAAUAGGUUGCUACUUUCACGUCUUUAAGUUAUGAGUUCACAACACUAACCAGACAACUCAUCACUAAUGAGAAACACCCAUAUUAACACCUCUUUGUUUUAAAAGUGUUUAACAGUAAAACGUCUAUAAUGAUGGAAAUUGGGUCACUGAUUGUGCCCCUUUUUCUGGUGCCAUGUCAUGCGAGGUUAAGUAGGGGUGAACAACUCUGACUUGAAAUUGUUUACACUGAUGAGAAAAAUAAUGCUUGUUAAGAUUGCUACAAUGUGAUUGUCAAUGAUUUGCACAAUGCCUGUCUUCUGUCUUUUAAACGAAGCUCCUCAAAAGAACUGGAAUACUGGCUAAUUAUUAUUAUUGUAUUUGGGCACAGAGGAAUAGAACAGUGAUUAAUAGAACAGUGAUUCUGUUAGUAGGCAGUUGCUUCCAAGAUGUUCAAAUCUUGACUUGAUUCAGAAUUAAAAUUCACAUUUUUCUCGCCA